CCAAUCCAUCAUCAACUCUGGUAAGAAAUGCGCGCGUUUAAACAGCAGUCUCCAAAAACAGACUCCAAAACCACCUCAUUAUACCUCCAUAAACACUCAUCAGGACAUCCAUACCAUACCGAGUCUAAGACCGACAGAUUGUUAAAGGCACUUUAAUGAAUCCUUACUGCAUGGGUAUAUUACUGUAAAUUUGGACAUCCACCUCUGACUCCUCGACUACUAUAAUGGCUGCUCAAUCAAGCAUUGAUGACAAGACAUUGCGUCUCUUGUCCGAGAAACUAGGUACAGGAUGGGAAAGCCUAGCAACCUUCCUCAACAUUUCAGCAGUAAGGGUUUCCAAUAUUAAAAUGGAUUACCAAGGCGACAGGACAGAGGAGAAGGUUUUUCAAAUGCUGAAGAUGUGGAACAAUGACUUUGAUCAUGAAGUGAGUGAGGACGGAAUAGAAAAAGAGUUGAUGAAAGCUCUAAUUCAACAUGGAAGGAGAGAUUUAGCAAAUGAACUAAAACAAGGUACCUUGAGUUCUAAAGAAGAGCUGUGUGCAGCACGUGAAAAUGUCCAUUUCCUGACAGAUGCCGUACUACGGCAGCUUUCCGAAGGUUUGGGAAGUGGAUGGGAGCAGCUAGCCACCCACCUUGGACUUGGUUCUACACAAGUAGGAAACCUUAAGAGAGACUACUAUGGGGUAGCUGAACAGAUUUUUCAAAUGCUUAUAAAAUGGAGAAAUGACAACAACGAUGACAGGCCGGUAGAUGUUUUGAACAAAGGAUUAAGACAAAUUGGCAGAAAUGACCUGGUUGCGGAUCUUAGGGCAAUGAUAGGUGGAUCUGAAUGAUAAAUAUCACUAUGAAGGAGUACAUUGGCGAUCGAUGGGGUGAAAUCUGAUGUUUGCGACGGGGUGAGAUUUGGACACAAGUUUCCAUCACAACCACCAGACUUUAGCCCGGUUCAUACUUCAUGCGAAUUCAAAGCAAAUUAUGGUGACGUUACAAUCGGUGUGCGCUCCCUUUCCAAUUGUGACGCAAGAAAAUUCGCUUUCCACGAAGCAUUCGCAGGAAUAUGGACCAGGCUUCAAGCAAUAAUAUGGGGCAGUUGUGUUGACCUUGUGCAACAACGGUGCAGACACCAUUAUGCUUUGGACUUUGCCAAGUGAACAUUUUGCUUUCGCUGUGGUGCCCUCCGCAAAGUUCCAAUACAGUACAAAUUGACAUUUUCCUCAUGGAAGUGCCCAUAAUGAGAGGGAAAUUGAUGUGCACCUUCAAGAGGCCUAAAUUGCUCCUCCACAAGAACAUUUGUGACCCCAUAGACCUUUUCACAAAUACCCAUUGCGCAAGUGCUAACUGUUGAAUGAGGUGCAUGCUGGUCUAGCUAGCUAGCGAUUAAACUUGAUCUCUAGCUAGACCAGUAUGCACGCAUUCAAGUCACAUGCCGAGUAUUUGCGAUUAGGUCUAUAGCUAUGUAGACCCAGAAGGCAAUUCCGCACAAUGCGCAUCAAACAUUUCCAUCUUUGUUUACAUUUUGACUCCCAAAAUGAUGGUGAUAGUGCACUGCGCAUCAGUCAUGGGUCAAUAUAGGGCCUGUUCUAUUGACUUAUCAUGAAUCAUCUUAAGAAAAGAUGAAAAUUUUAAGAACAAAGUUUUAUCUGGAAAGAAUUGCGGUAACACCAUGUAAUGACUAUCUCUAAUUGGGGUGGUUCUGAAAAGAACCGCUGGUUUGAACUCAA